AUGGGUUUUGCUUACUUAAUUCUACUGCCACUGUUAUCUGCAUUUUCUUUCAUUGGGGUUUCUCAAGGCCAACUCUCAGUGGGGUUCUAUGCCAACACAAGCCCAGAUGCCGAGUCAAUUGUCUCUACCGUUGUUCGAAAUGCUGCUCAAUCGAGCUCCAAAAUCCCUCCUGUCUUGCUCAGGCUCCAUUCCCAUGGAUGCAUAUGGUAUGAAUUCCAGGGCUGUGAUGGUUCAAUUCUGAUAGAAAACGGUCCAAAUGCUGAGAGACAUGCGUUUAGUCACCAGGGAGUUGGGGUAUAUGACGUGAUUGAGCAAGCCAAAGCUCAGCUCGAAGCUUCAUGUCCAGGAGUUGUUUCCUGUGCUGAUAUAGUCGCCUUAGCAGCUCGGGAUGCUAUAGUUUUGGCAAAUGGACCAUUGUAUGAUGUGCCAACAGGACGUAGAGAUGGGAGGGUUUCGGAUGUUUCUCUGGCAGUGAAUAUACCAGAUGUUAGUGACUCAAUCCAACAACUGAAGGCUAAGUUUCUGCAGAAAGGUCUGUAA